GCUCCCGGGAAUGCAUGGAGGCGCGCGCGGUGAGUUUUGAUUCCACGCAGAGCUCGAAGCGAUCGCGCCAUCCAAAUGGCUUGGGUGCUCUACACGCCUAUCGCCGCCGCCGCUGCAUUCUCGCCCAUUGCUUCCAAGAGCCCUAGAAUUCUCGCUAGUAGCUCGCAGGGGAGUGUAGACGAGGGCGGCAGCAGCAGCAGCAGCAAUGCAGCACCAGUCGUGGAAGGAGAAAACUUCCCCAAGAAAUCCGAGGCUCCAUCUGCCAAGACUUGGUAUCAUCAACAGUCGAGGAGCAGUGACUUUCGAGGGGACACCAGGAAAAAUCCCGGCUCCACAAAGUGGACUCCGGACAUAGGCCGAGCAGACGCUGUUCUCCAGGCAAUACGAAAUGGUAUCUCGCGUGGGAAAGAUCUGGCCACGGCUCUAGAGUCGUGGAGCGGGGGCCAUCUUCCUUCCAGGACCGUGGUGGCGGUCUUGGGUGGGAUGAGAGACUGGAAGGAGGCGCUCGACUUCUUCCGGUGGGCGAGGUCCCGGCGUGACGUUUGCGAGAUCACUGUCUUCGCAUACAACAUGAUGCUCAAGCUGCUACGCGACGGAGAACAGUGGAGCUUGUCGGAAGAACUUCUCAAGGAGAUGCUCGAGGAGAGGAUCAUGCCGGACAACUACACUUUCAGCAUCUUUGUCAGCUGUUCCAAGCGCUGCGAUCAAGCCGAGGACGCCAUAGCCUGGUUCCACCGGCUUCGUGAAACCGGAGUUUCUUUCGACGGAGUUACGUACAGUGCCAUGAUCGACCUCUACGGGAAGGCCGGAAGAACGGCCGAGGCCAUGGAUCUCUACCAGACAAUGCGAAAGAACAACUGGAAGCCCGACUUGGUCUCGUUUGGAGUGAUCGCGAACGUCUACUCGAGAGUCGGGGAUUACCAGGCGAUCUUGAGGCUCUUCCGAGACAUGGAACAAGCCGAGAUCAAGCCAAACGUGGUUCUCUUCAACACUCUGAUUGGAACGCUAGGACGAGCUGGGAAAGUCACGCUCGCCAAAGGGAUGUUUGACGAGAUGGCGAGCUAUGGCCUGGAGCCGUCGGAGAUAACUCUCAGCAUCCUCAUCGACAUGUACACCAAAGUUGGCGCGCUCGACAAGGCCCUGGACGUCUACGACACCAUCAAGCAGAAGAAAUGGAAGCUCGACGUCCUCGUCUACAACACGCUGCUCAAGUCGUGUGUGGAGAGCGGCAACAUCCAGAGGGCUGAGAGCUUGAUCGCGGAGAUGGAGAGGGAGAAGCAGUGGCCGGAUCAUAUGACUUAUGGGAUUUUGAUGAAUGUCUACGCGACCAAAGGCAUGGUGGCAGAGGUCCGGGCCAUGUUUGACAAGCUCAAGAACUUGGCCGUGUUUCCAAAGGCGGCCUUCUACACGAUGCUCAUCAAGGCCUCCAAGCAGGCCGGGGACUUCGAUCGCAUACCCGGGAUCUUUGACGAGAUGAUCGCGAAUGGCUGCUCUGUGAACGAGAGGAUGAGCGGGAUGCUCGUCUCGUGCGCCUCUUCGUCGCAGAUAAGUGACGAAACCCGGCUCGGCGUCCUCGAGUGCGUGAAGAAGAUCAAGCCCCGGCUCCACGAGCUUUUGUCCCGGCUGCUAGUUCUAGCCAAAGAAGACGAUGACUUUGAUGACAUCGCUUCCGAGACCACCGAGUUUUUGCUGCGGGAGAUCACGGCUCCGUCGAGGAGGCCGAUGUGCAACGCGGUGAUAGACUUUUGCUGCGUUCUGGGAUCCAGAAACGCUGCUCGAGCGAUACUUUCCAGCGGAGUCUCGGCUGGUUUGUAUCACGGGCUCCACACCACCUUACCGUCGUUGUGGCAACUCAACUUGAGAACUCUCUCGUUCGCUGCCGCCGAGUGCGCGCUGGAGGCUUGGAUCGAGAGCUUAGCCACUGCGGCGGAGAAUGGCGACGAGUUCCCGGAGGAUCUCAUGGUGGAAACCGGGACUGGAAGAGCGAAAGAAGCGACCAACAGCGUCAGCCUGAGCGAGUUCGUGGGGGGAGUGUUGAAAGGCAUGGAUUCUCCGUUCGAGGAAAACCGUCGUCCAGGGGGAUACUUCAUUGCUAGCGGAGAAGCAGCCAAGGCAUGGCUCCAAAGUCGAAAGCCCGAGCUAAAAAACUGAAACGAUCGACUCAAACUCGAAGAGAAGCGAUCGUGGAUUGGUAUUAUUCUCGGAGGUUACAACAAAAGGCGAGAGUUUAUAGUU